UGUAAUUAAUAUUUUAAAUGUUCCAAAUAUUCGAGAUAACAUAACGUGGAACAAUCUGAGAAUAAAAAUCGCUAUGUAUAAUCAUAUUGAUCAUAGUAUUGCCAUCAUAUUUUUAAUUAAUUAAUCGAAGAAAUUUGUAAAACAAGAAAUUCUUGAUGAAAAACUUCUUUAUCAUCCCUUCCAUUCCAACUUGCAAUGACUCGGGCGAACUAGUUCCAUGUCCGAUCUGUGCCCUGUGCACUUUCCAACCUUAAAAAAAUGGCAGCCACGAGUGUGGAGUGUAACGAUUUUUUAGAAUUUCAGGAUACGUUAAAAAAGAUGCGACAGAUAGAUGAUAAAAUAAUUUACAUGCUGAAUACUACAAUUCCUACCGAGUCUUUCAAAGGCCAGGUGGAUCCUACUACGCAGUGUAAAGACUUGUUCCAACAAAUAGAAUCUGAGCAUAAGCAGAGGACACAAAGAAUCACAAGAUGCGUAGACAUCACCAGGGAGAAGGUGAAGCAGCUGAAAGAUAUGAAAGAGAAGGAUGGUGAUGAAAAUCCAAUGUUAAUAAAAAAUUUGAGAAAUGAACAGACCAAACUGAGACUGCUACAGUCUGAACUCAAUAUAGAGGAAGUUGUAAAGAAACGUACGGUACAAGUUUAUUACGAGAGAUGUCGUGGAUUCUACAAACCAUUGCACAUAAACACAUAGAACUUCCAAAAAAUCUGAAGAUAUAUCGAUAUAUAUGAUGAUUUAAAUGCUAUUAUUUUUGAAUUGCUACAGUAUAGUUAUAUAUAGUAAUUUUGUAAAUGACAAUAUGUUUGUCCCUUAAAUCAUUGUUAUUUUGUGAUGAUGAUGUACAAUAUAUACUGGUUUUCUUACAACCCAAACAGUACAUUUUAUCCAAGGGACGUUCUCUAGUUGUCUUCAGGAAAUCCCUGAAAGAUUUUGUGCUGUAUGGGAAAAGUUUAUAUUGUUCAAUAUAUAAGGAUAAUUGAAAGUACACAAAUAAUGGAGAUUGUAUAAUAUUUAGACAUAUAUAUUGUAAAAUCAAAUUAGUUGUUUACUAAUUCUAAUGAGAAUCAGAUAUUCGUUACAUACAGUAUACAUAAAUUGUAGAACUAAAUGUAAAUUGGAUAUUUUUACAAUAGAUAUCUGUACAUACAUAGAA